AAAACACAAAAACACAACAUCGCGCGUGCAAAUCCACCGCAAGUAUAAGUGGUUAUCCAAUCGCCAUGUAACCAACUCCCCACUGCGUGUUUUUAUUCAUCGAAGGCGGAGACACCGUGUAAAUAACCCCAAAUCCAGCGGAAAACGGUGAAAUCCACCGCCGAGAUAUGGAAUCGCAAAACGACUUCGAUCGGCUUCUCUUUUUUGAGCAUGCUCGCCGGAGUGCCGAAGUUACUUAUGCAAAAAAUCCUCUCGAUACAGAGAAUCUAACCAGAUGGGGAGGGUCGUUGCUUGAAUUGUCGACCUUCCAGAGUGUUCAGGAAUCAAAAGUCAUGAUUAAAGAUGCUAUAUCUAAAUUGGAUGAAGCAUUAUCGAUUGAUCCAAGGAAACAUGAUGCGUUGUGGUAUAUGGGCAAUGCACAAACUUCUUAUGCUUUUCUUACUCCUGAUAAAGAUGAAGCGAAAAGCUAUUUUGAUUCAGCUUACACUUACUUUCAGAAGGCUGUUGAUGAGGAUCCAGGGAAUGAACUUUACCUCAAAUCAUUUGAAGUAGCUACAAAGGCUCCUGAAUUACACUCAGAGCUUCAUAGUCAAAGUCUUAGUCAACAAGCCAUGGCAUUAGGGUCUGGAGGAGGCCCUUCAAGUUCUUCAAGUGUUAGGGGUCCGAAUGCACAAAAAAGCAAUGAUUUGAAAUAUGAUAUAUUUGGAUGGGUUAUUCUUGCGGUUACUAUUGUGGCUUGGGUUGGAUUUGCUAAAGCAAAUGUACCUCCACCACCUCCUCGAUGAUAAAGUUUUACCACGCGAUCUAAUUUCUUGUUUUUUUUUUGUUAUGUAUUGACCUUUUUUUGAGUUUCAUAUUUUGCUUUUGAUUAAUUAUGUUAAUGUAUUUUCCUUUUAGGGGUUUUUGAUAAAUUAUGAUUUUGAUUUCGUGUAACUUGAAUUGAUUUGGAUUUGUAAUUAUACUUUUUUUUGACAUGAUAUUGUGUUUUGAUUUGGUGA